CGCUAUAUCUCUAUCGCGAGCUUCGGGGAGUCAAUGACUGUGCUGCUCUUUGAAUACGUUUUUCCGAUGCGAAAUCGCAGCCACUGCAACCCUGCCCCUUGGCAUCAUGGACGAAAUGCUUGCCGAAGCUAUAAGAGAUUCGCCGGCCUCUGUCCAUCAUUUGUUUCACUUGAAGCAUUAUACACUCAACAGAUAGAUACCUCGUGAUCUACAACAGAAUACACGCCACAAACAACUUCAAUACAUAAAGCCGACCUAUCACUAUGGACAUCCUACCCCGAGCAAACGACGUCCUCAAUGUCAACCCUCCAGCCGGAGUGGACGAAGCCCUGUCUCUGCAUGGCUCGGACUGGCUUUGGGCUGUCACGGCCAUUUAUGCAGUCUGUUUCCUCGGCUUGUUAGUCCUCUGCUUCGUCGCCCCUCCUAGCAAUCGAGUCUUCCACUAUACCUUCACCAUGGCCCUCCUCGUCGGCACCGUGACCUACUACGCCCAAGCUUCUGAUCUAGGUUGGAGCGCCGUGGAGCAAGUCAACCAGCUCAGCCACGGCUCGACCCGCCAAAUCUUCUACGCCAAAUACAUCAACUGGGUCGUCACCUUCCCAUCGCUCGCUCUAUCACUUGGUCUACUAGCAGGAGUCUCAUGGACGACUAUUAUCAGCAACAUCUUCCUUGCCUGGUUCUGGGUCCUCACAUACCUUGCUGCCGCAUUCACAACCACCAACUACAAAUGGGGCUUUUUUGCCUUUGGCACGUUUGCAUGGAUUAUCCUCUCAAUGAGUACGCUUAAUGAGAGUCAUGAAUCAGCCUCUGCCCUUGGGAUUGGUCGCGACUACCGGAUCCUGUCUGGGUGGUUGAAUUUCUUGUGGCUGUUGUAUCCUGUUGCUUUUGGGUUAAGCGAUGGCGGGAAUCUCAUCAGUGUUACUGAUAGCUUCAUCUUCUUUGGCAUUCUGGACUUACUGAUGUUGCCGGUGUUGAGUUUUGCGUUUGUGGUUUUGGGUCGCAAGUGGGACUUUGGAAAGCUGAAUAUCGCCUUUAGUGAGUACCGUGGGCAUCGACCGGGUGAGACAUUGAUCAAGGAUGAUGUUCCGGAGGCGAAUGAGAUUGCUGCGAGCUCUUAGUGACUGAUGGAGAACUAUUAGCCGUCAGAUUCCAGUGGGCUUGGCUUUGGAAGGCCAGAGGGAGGCGGGUUAUAGUGGAUACAACUUUACUCUUG